GAUUACCGAGUUAAUAUAUUUCUAAGACAAAGAUGGAAUGACCCACGUCUUAAACUACCAACUGAUUUCCGUGGAUCUGAUGCACUUACAGUGGAUCCAACUAUGUUUAAAUGUCUAUGGAAACCUGAUUUAUUUUUUGCAAAUGAAAAGAUGGCAAAUUUUCACGAUGUUACCCAAGAAAAUAUACUUCUAUUUAUAUUUCGUGAUGGAGAUGUCCUUCUUAGCAUGCGAUUAUCCAUUACUUUGUCUUGCCCUCUGGAUUUGACAUUGUUUCCGAUGGAUACACAGCGUUGCAAGAUGCAGUUAGAAAGUUUUGGAUAUACUACCGAUGAUUUACGGUUCAUUUGGCAGUCAGGAGAUCCUGUUCAAAUGGAAAAGAUUGCAUUGCCUCAGUUUGACAUUAAGACAGAAGACAUUGAAUAUGGUAACUGUACAAAAUAUUACAAAGGCACUGGGUAUUACACAUGUGUGGAAGUCAUAUUCACCCUGAGGAGGCAAGUAGGAUUUUAUAUGAUGGGUGUUUAUGCCCCUACAUUGCUCAUAGUUGUCCUUUCCUGGCUGUCCUUUUGGAUCAACCCUGAUGCAAGUGCUGCUAGAGUACCGCUAGGUAUAUUUUCGGUUCUUAACUUGGCAUCUGAGUGUACCACCCUUGCCCAGGAACUCCCAAAAGUAUCAUAUGUGAAGGCCAUAGAUGUCUGGCUUAUAACCUGCCUCCUCUUUGGUUUUGCUUCACUUGUUGAAUAUGCUGUUGUUCAGGUUCUUCUAAACAGUCCAAAGAGAAUUGAAGCUGAAAAAGCCAAAAUAGCCAAAACCGAGCAAGCAGACGGAAAGGGACCCAAUGCUGCAAAGAAAAAUACAGUCAAUGGGACAGGGACACCGGUCCACAUCAGCACUUUACAAAUAUAUGAAGGUGUUACAUUAUGA